UCAAGAACCUAACAUAUUUUAUAUACCGGUGAAGUAGUGCGACUUAUAGGUCAAAGUAUGGGUAGGAGGAAAUCGAAGCGGAAGCCACCGCCAAAAAGGAAGAACAUUGAACCACUUGAUCAGCAAUUUAACUGCCCGUUUUGCAACCAUGAAAAAUCGUGUGAAGUAAAAAUGGAUAAGGGCAGGAACACCGCAAAAAUAACAUGCCGAGUGUGUUUGGAAGACUACCAAACAGGAAUAAACUUCCUUUCAGAACCAAUUGAUGUUUACAACGAUUGGGUUGAUGCCUGCGAAACUGCAAAUUAAAUAUAAGUAGCUUAUCUAUUAGUCUAUUUUGUCUAUUAAAAUAUAAUAUUCAAACUCCAAGAACAAAAUCAA